AUGGUGGGAAAGAUAAGGAAGCUACCGCGAAUUCCUCCAAGAACGCCUUUGAGACAUCAGAGGGUUCCUUCGGAACACUGCUUCUUGAGUUAUCGAGUAUUACUGGAUUUUCGGUCAUCACAGCAGAUCCGUAUGAGGUUACAGCGAUCACUAUUACUGUUGUUGAGAAGAAAUCAUUCGUACAUUACUACCCCAAUUUUCUAUGCAAAUGCAGCUCCUCAUCUUGGUCAUCUCUAUACGGUAGUGCUUGCUGAUGCUACUCAUCGAUGGCAAAAGCUGAGAGAACCUGGCAACAUCCACGUCUUCUCCACCGGUACGGAUGAACACGGCAUUAAGAUAUUCCGUGCCGCAGAAAAAGCUCAGAAGGAUCCGCUGAAAUUUUGCGACGAAACAUCGAGGAAGUUUCGUGACCUCUUCCAAGAGUUUGGAAUCGUUAACACUGAGUUUAUUCGAACCACAGAAGAUCGUCAUAAACGAUGUGUAGAGCACGUGUGGAAACGACUUAGCGACAGCGGAUACAUAUACAAAGACAUUUAUGCUGGUUGGUAUAGCAUAGUGGAUGAAUGCUUCUUUGCGGACGCCGACGUUGAAGAUUCACCUUCAGGAAAGGUUGUGAAGGGGACUCAGAACGCUGUCGAAUGGGUCGAGGAGCAAAACUACAUGUUUCGGUUAUCGGCCUUCAGAGAUAAAGUGAAACAAUGGCUCUUAACUACAGAUGUAAUUCGCCCCAAACAUUAUCUUCAAUUUAUUCUACAAGAUCUUGAAUGGGAUGGUGACCUGUCCAUUUCCCGAAGUCGCGCACGACUACCAUGGGGUAUAGUAGUUCCUGAUGACGACACGCAAACCGUCUAUGUAUGGCUUGACGCCCUCGUGAACUAUCUUUCCGUUAUUGGGUAUCUUAAAACGAUGGAUGUUUGGCCUCCUACCUGCCAAAUUCUUGGAAAGGACAUAAUGAAAUUUCACGCUUUUUACUGGCCAGCGUUUCUGAUGGCCAUUGAACUACCACUACCUAAGAAGCUUUUUGUUCAUGGUCAUUGGCUCGUUGAUAAUGCCAAGAUGUCAAAAAGUGUCGGCAACGUCAUUGAUCCGCUUGUUGCAAUGAAAUCAUACACGACGGAAGGCUUGCGGUAUUUCUUACUGAAACAAGGAUUGCCACAUGGAGAUUCUAAUUUUUCACGGGAAAAGGCUAUCAACGUCAUUAACAGCGACUUGGUCAACAAUAUAGGAAAUCUUCUGAGCAGAGCAACUGUGAAGAAGCUCAAUCCAACCCAGAAAUACCACGAUUUUGUUCCAAAUGUUUUGAAUGGAGAUCUUGCAGACAUGGCAGGCUCCCUUUUGAAAGAGUUGACUGAAAUUCGAGGGAGAACGAUGCAGCUAUAUGAUGACAUGUUGUUUUACAAGGCAGUUGAAGGAAUUAUUGCAGUUGUGAAGUCUGGAAAUGGUUUCUUUCAAUUUGCUCAGCCGUGGAAGUUGGAAUCGGGAGAAAAGCUCGAUUCCGUAUUGGGCUUAGCCUAUGAGACUCUACGGAUGACAUCUAUUCUACUACAGCCAGUUAUUCCAUCACUAGCUAGCAAUAUAUUGACAAGACUGGGUGUUCCGCCAGAAGAAAGACAAGUUGAGCAAGCGGAGUUCCAUCCAACAAGCGGUGGGCGUCAUUUUGGUCCUGAUCUUGGACCGCUCCUUCCUAGGAUUACUGAUAAAUCUUAG